CGUUAGUCUAAACGUGUGUUGCUUUGAACUCUACACUUUUCGUGUCAUUCACCCGUUCCUUUCCACCCGGACUAUGCCACAAAACCAUGUGAGGACAGCCGGGCUCCUGCCCCCUCCGGAGACUCGCGGCUGACACUCCCUGCCUCUCGCGAUUCCUGAUUUCUUUUCCGUGGAAGCGCUAUCUCCUUUCCUUUGAAGGAACACGCACAGAGUCGCCUGAGACGCCAAAGAAUUCCCUCGCAUCUUCUGUAACACUGGAGAAGACGAAGCGCUCCUCGCUUCCCUUUUUCGGCUGUCUUGUUCGCCAAGUGUUUCUUCGCGCCUCUCUGCUAUGUGACCAGAAGCAGACAUGCACGACACUUGCUCGAACGGAGGAACAGAGUAUCCUUCACGGUAAACUUCACUCUUCGUUUCCAAUUCAGCAUUCCUAUCAGAAAGCGAGGAAUUCUCAACUCUGCUGGGUCUGAACCUGCCCCGCUGCGCUCGCGCCGCCCACCAACACGCUCCGGUGUAUGUACACCCCAGCCCAACUGGCUGUCUCCAAGCGACACCUAAAGGGGUCGGGUGUACGUACACUCGAACGCGUCUCCUCUGUUCUCUCUCUUCUUUCUCUUCCUUCCUUUUUCACCCCGUUUUUCUGUCGUCCACGUUCAGACUUCCUCUUCUCCUGCGUCCUUCCCGUCACCCCCCGUCCUUCAACUUCCUUCUCUCUGCUUUCUUUUCUCAGUUGUCAACUUCUCCUUCUUCACCUAAGCUUCUCACACAUGCACACUUCUCCCCAGUUCCCUUUAUGUUCCCUCCGUGCGAUACGUUUGAAUGAAGCUUUUGUGAUGUACUGGAACAACAGCUCUUGUGGUUCUACCGCCGCAAGGGUGUGAACUCCAUAUUCGGAAGUGUACAUUUCGUUUCACGAGGCUUCCGUCACGCUUCAAAGGAUCCAUGCGCGUAUGUGCUCUAGAGAUAGGGCAUCCUCGCAGCAUUUUUGCGGUUCUUGUUGAGACGCCGCUGGUUUCUCUUCGAUUUCACUGACUUCCUCACUCGGUCUUUAUCCGAUCGCUCUUUUUCCGCCUCCUCCGGAGGUCCUGAAUCCCCUCGUUUGCUCCUCUUUUGGUGUGUAGAGAUCUGUUUUCGCUCUCUUCUUCUGUGGCCUUCAUCUGCUGUCGGUCGACUUCUCCUCUCUGUGCGUGCGGCUUCGAGGAGGGAAGCGGAACUGCAGCGAGCGGCUUCGUUCGACAGAGCAGCUCUGCCCGGAAUGCAAAGCACACCGAACUCAGUUUUAUGAAGGCGAAGAACCUGCGUGUUCUAUGGAGCACUUGAGAGCGCGGCGCGCCUUUCAAAGCCGCAGAGAGAGGACUGACGAGCUCGUUUUCCUUCCGAAAGCACAGAAUGGCUGCUCCGGGCCUGCCUCAGCCGGGGAGUCUCUCCACGCUCGCCGGAUACCCAAGCUCGACUUAUUCUUCUCAGAAUAGUCCUUUCUUUCCUUCCGCAGAUCGAGGAGGCAGAAUGACUCUCGAAGAAAUCAAACGCGACUUCACCAAGCACAAACUCGAGUGUCCAGACACCAUGUGGAGAGAGCCGCAGCCGGAGCAGGUCCAGGGGCUCUACUCUUUUGCCAUUGAGAGCAUCUUUGGAUUGACAGUGAACGACGUCAGGAUCGAGGAAGUUACAGGCGACGUCCGGAGCUGCUUGCCGUCGAUCGACAGCCUGCAGUUUCUCUCCCAGGACGGUCGGCUCCAUGCAAAGGCCAUUGGAAAUCUCCGCUUCAUUCGGCUCUGCCAGCGACUCAACAGAGUGCUGGGACUUCCGGAGUUCUCCAGGGAAACUUUCGCCUCUCCGACUGCGAGCGGCGUGCAGCGUUUCGCAAGCGCAGUAUGUAUGCUGCUUCGACUGAGAGAGUCUCUUUGUCGGCAAUUCGAAUCUCAAAUUCAACAGCGAGCUUCGCUGCAGCAGAGUCUCCAGAAGCUCAGUCAAAAUGCUCAGCUGGUUGAACAGGAGCUUCUUCGCUUUCGCGCAGAGCGACAGACGCAGCAGCCGCUUGCCCAGCGACAGAAGCAACAGCAGAGCGAACUCGAGGAAGAGUUGCGGCAGCGGCACAGCGAGCUCGGCGCCCUGAUGGAGGAGUUCAAGGAGCGACAGGCGGUGCACGGCAGACUGGAGCUCGAGUUGGGAGAUCUCGUCUUGGAGCUCAUGAAUCUGAAGCAAGAACGCGAGGAACUGCACGACCAAGUCGUUCACUCUCCAGAGAAGCUCAUGGAGAGACGCGACGAGCUGCGUGUACAGCAGAAACACCUCGACGCGCAGCUGCAGGAGUUGGAGAAUCUCGCCGCCAGCCAGCAGAAGCUUCUCCUUGCAUUUGCAAAGGCUGUGAAGAAGGCGAAGAAGGCGAUGGAAAUCCUUAGCGCGCAUCGAGACCAAGUUCUCGCUCCGCACCUCGGCUUUCGGAGCGACAUGCGGACGCGAGAGAAGCUUUUCAGGGAACUCGGAGAACAGAAGGAGCAACUGAGUAAAGCAGUGCAAGACCUGCAAGCGGAACGCGAAGAGCUGGCUAGACAAUUGGAAGAUCAAGAGAGGAAAAAGGACGAAGAAGAAACUGAGCUCAGGGGACAUCUCGCGCGAGCGAAACGCGAAGUCGAAGAACGGAAAAAAGCUCUCGCCGAUCAACAAGACAUGACUGCAGCGUUUCUGCGAGAAGCCGAGAAACUGGAAGAAAAACUGGCGGAGCAAAAACAGAGACACAAACUUCUCGUCGACGCCAUCGAGGAAGAAAUCCAAAAGGUGUACGCAGCGUUCCUCACCUACGUAUCGCAGAUGCAGUUCAUCAGAAGUCAAAUGCCCCUCUCCCUGGACCUUUCCCAAAGCGCAUCUUUCCUCGCGGAGCACUCAGAGAAAACGCACCGUGGGUCGCCUCUCGCCUGUGAGCGCGAGGAAAACGACGACUUCCUCGCUUCUCUCCUCGCCGAGUCUUCGCCGUCUUCUCUCGGAGAAGAGAAAGAGAAUCUCCCUCAGUCGCGCCCGACUGCAGCAGCCGACGCCGAGAGACGCCUCGCAGAUUUCUCUCCAGAGAAAGGCAGAAAGAGACUCAGUUGUCUCGACGAGGAAACAGAGGAAGAAGCGCGAAUGCACGAGCGAGAACGAGAAUCCGACAGACUCUUCCCCGCCGCAAGGGAGCCCAGAGAAGACGGCGACUUUCCAAUGUAUGGUCACGCCGAGUAGAGCACCGAUCUUGGCAGAGAGGAAGUUUCCGGUGUACGGACACUCGGAGAACUUUGGCGGGGAAGAAGGCGAAAGUCUCGCGUCUCUUCCCCCGGAGGAGAGUUGGUGUAUCUGUCUCGCAGGAAACGGGUCUACGUUUUCUUUUUCAAACGGCAUGUCAAGUUUUUAAGUCUUUCUUCGCGUUCGAUCUGACCUCUCAUGAGUCCGCCUCUAGCGCGAUCGAGAGGCGGAAGGCGCAC